CGUGAGCGCAAAGCCGGGACCGCACAGGACUAAAACCGGGCUAAAACUGGACUAAACCCACGCCGCGCGCUCGUGUCAGUGCGUCCCCGUGCGUAAAGGUGCUCAGGGGACAUGUGGCACGCGUUUGGGGAGGCGCAGACCCACUUUGACGCGGUUUGUCGUGUUUUUGGAGAAGACUGAAAAGUGUUGGACAGAACAGGAGUCCACGCGGGAGAUUCUGACAGCUCUGCGGGCUUCAGGGACAUCCGGGAACUUUCAGACUUGUUGUUCGUGGGAGCAGGCACUGUCCCAUCCUCUUUACCCGCCUUGGAUGCUGCACAGUGGGGGCAGCAGCACCAUGACGUCCCCCUCUGCUCCGGAGCCCCAGCCUCUGCUCCAGCUGCAGGAGGCCGACUCCAGUAAACCAUCCCAGGAUCGAGCUCUCUCCCCUGGGCACAGAGCUCCGGUGUACAGCCCCCCUUCCGGACUGGACCACGCGGUGUGUAUCCCGGCUCCAUACACCGACAGCUCCCAGGAUUACCCCCCCACGCCCCUCUCCUUCUACAGCCCCUCUGUGCUCAGCUACCCCCGGCCUGCGCUCGCUGAGGCCCCCUUCUGGUCGCCCCAUGGACACGCCAACGUCUCUGCUCUGGCUCUGCACUGCCCUCCCCCUAUCCUCUACAACGAGCCCACCCCCCACCACGCCUGGAUGGAAGCCAAACCGCAGUUCACCAGCAGCAGCUCUCUCCUGGGCUGUGGGUCAAAGAUCACAACCCUGAAGCGUGUGGAGGAGGAGGGGUCAGAGGGGGUCAGUUCUUGCUCCGCCCCCCUGCGCUCGGACAUGCACCUCUGCGCCGUGUGUCACGACUACGCCUCCGGAUACCACUACGGCGUGUGGUCGUGCGAAGGCUGCAAGGCCUUCUUCAAGAGGAGCAUCCAAGGUCACAAUGACUACAUCUGCCCGGCCACGAACCAGUGCACCAUCGACAAGAACCGCAGGAAGAGCUGCCAGGCGUGCAGGCUGCGUAAGUGCUACGAGGUCGGGAUGAUGAAGUGCGGUGUGAGGAGGGAGCGCUGCAGUUACCGAGGCUCCCGUCAUCGCCGUGGUAACUUAUCCGGGGGGCGGGGCCUGGUUCGGGUGGGUCUCACCUGUCGGAGCCAGAGACAGUUACACCUGGAGCCCCCCCUCACCCCUGUCACCCCCCUCCCCCAGUCGUCCCGCAGCCACAGCAGCGCCCCCCGCAGCCCGCGCCUCGCCCUCACGCCCGAACAGUUCAUCUCCAGGAUCAUGGAAGCGGAGCCGCCUCAGAUCUACCUGAUGGAGGAGCUGAAGAAGCCGUUCACCGAGAGCAGCAUGAUGAUGUCCCUCACCAACCUGGCGGAUAAAGAGCUGGUGCUAAUGAUCAGCUGGGCCAAGAAGAUCCCAGGCUUCAUGGAGCUGAGUCUGUCGGACCAGAUCCACCUGCUCAAGUGCUGCUGGCUGGAGAUCCUCAUGUUAGGACUCAUGUGGAGGUCUGUGGACCAUCCAGGAAAACUCAUCUUCUCCCCGGACUUCAAACUCAACAGGGAUGAGGGUCAGUGCGUCGAGGGCAUCAUGGAGAUCUUUGACAUGCUGUUGGCCGCCACCUCCAGGUUCAGAGAGCUGAAGCUGCAGAGAGAAGAGUACGUCUGUCUCAAGGCCAUGAUCCUGCUCAACUCCAACCUGUGUAACACAACCCCGCAGACGGCAGAGGAGGUGGAGAGUCGGGCUAAACUCCUGCGUUUACUCGACUCUGUGAUCGACGCCUUGGUCUGGGCCAUCUCCAAACUGGGCCUGUCGUCUCAGCAGCAGACGCUCAGACUGGGACACCUCACCAUGCUGCUGUCCCACAUACGACACGUCAGUAACAAAGGGAUGGACCACCUCUCUACGAUGAAGAGGAAAAACGUCGUUCUUGUUUACGACCUUCUCCUGGAAAUGCUCGACGCAAACACCUCCAGCAGCAGCCACACCUCCAAAGCUUUCAGCCAAUCGCAGCCCGGGUUCAGCCCCCAAAGCGACGCCUCCCAAGCCUUUAACCAACCACAGCCCGAGUUCAGCCCCCAAAGCCACGCCUCCGAGUCCUUCAGCCAAUCACAGCUAGAGUUUACCCCGCAGAGCCACGCCCCCGACUCCUUCAGCCAACCACAACCAGAGUACACCCCUCCUGAACACGUCCACAUCCUCGACAGACACCUGCAGGCCCCGCCCACACACAGCGAGCCGGCCAAUCACAGCCUUGCGCACUCGCACAUGGAGAAUAACAAUUACAUGCCGGCAGACUCCUGGUCCGUGGACUCCUGCGACACUGGCCCCGCCCCCCCAGAGUACCUCCUCCCAGAUCAGAGAGGGGGCGGGGCUUUGGGCACCUGAGGGACGGGUCUUUGGACACCUGAGAAAGGGAGGCCGGGCUUUAAACACCUGAAGAGCCCCUCCCUGUCCUGUAUUGGUUCUGCUUCAUGGACUCACUGUGGAACCUUCACAUCCAGAGGAGGAACUUUUGUUAAAACUACAGUUCUUCGUCGGACUUUUCUACGAUUUCUGUGCGAUUGGUCUGUGUUUUUUUUUCGUAAAUCGUGAACUCUGACGCCGCUGGAGCCAAAGGCAUUUUGUGCUCUUUUUAAAGACUUUUACAAAUCUCUGUAACACUCGACAUGUACAAUAGAAUACAACACAAUCCUACACUUCUCCACAGCCCUGGAGUGGACUCGAACAACAAAAAGCUCACUGUAAUGACACGGACAGACCGGGUUUCCUUUCACGACUACACCUGCGUUUCAACUGUAGACUGUAUAAAGACGUGGACUUAGUGAGUGCGACGUCACCCACGGCGUCCGACUCCAGUCCAGUGAAGCUCAUCGAGGCGAGAGCGGUUAUAGCGGCGAAUUUGGAGCCAAGUUCCAUCUUAGGGAUUCAGACCACGAGUAUCAUAGCAACUAAAGAGCCAAUCCGGAGCGAGGCUGUCGAAGGCGACCCCUCCCAACAGGUUUGAUGAGGCGCACUUUGUAGCACUGUCAAUCAAACAUGUUGCUAACGCUACCGGGGGGGGUGACCUCGGGGAACAAAGCUGCAAGAUUUGUCUGUUAUUAAUGAUCAUAUCUGGAUUUACGGACACAAAAGAGAAAUAAAAACCCCAGGAUCAUGUAGAGCGGGUUAAUACGGACGUUUUAAGAGCGAAAUGAUGACAGCAGCAGCAGUUAUGGAGAAUAGAAUAGUUUUAGAAAGUGAAUUGGAGCCAGAGUCAGUGGAGCUGGAAAUGCAUCUAUGUUCAGUCUGUGGUCGAAACAUUAGACAGAUUCAAGGAGCUAAUCACUGCUCAAAUAAGUAGUUCAAAUACUUCAGUUCAGUACUUAGUUUCACGUUCAGCUGCACUUCAUUACACUUUAAAAACUCUAGAGGAUUAAAAAUAGCUUUAUGUCUUUGAAAAAACUGGGCAAAGUUUACUGCAGUGUGUUCUUUUGGUUUUAGGAAAGUACAUUCUGAAUACCACCAAAUGAAAGAGUAACUGUACUUUAAUACAGUUUGAAUAUGUAUUUUUGGUACAUAUUUAGUCACUUCCCAACACUGUGUAUUCGCAUUUAUGAAACGGAGGCAAGACACAAGAAAUUGAUUCAAUAAUGUACUAAAAUGUUCAUAAUCCAGCCUCGUGUUGGUAUAUGGUUGAAGUCUAAUAAACUUUAAAAACAACACUUAUGUAUUACUCAAGUAGAUCUCAAAAGCAGCUGAUUUGGGCUUUUACAAGUUCAGAUGACAAAAAGAGAAGAAAAAGUUGAGAUUUGUACUAUUAUUUAAUUAAAAUUGUGGAGUCUUUUUGUUCCUCGUGUCUGCUCCAGGGCCUAAUGCAUCAGAAUUUAAACAAUCCACAACAAGCCGCCAUCUUGGAACUGUUCAAAAGCCGCCAUCUUGGAACUGUUCAAAAAUCUUCUGCAUGUUUUUUACCUGAACCAACUCACGUCUGACUGUCUGUGUUUCAUAUGGGACUCUCAAUGGGCUGUGUUCACGUUUUAACAUUUUUUUAAUGACGUCAUAACUUCAGAUGGAGAUCGAGGGGGAAAACAGAAUUUUGACUAUUGGAAUAAUGUGUAAUUCCACUGUUUUUGACACUGCAGUGCAAAAACAAUUCAACUUUUGUUUAUUUAUACUGAGAAGAUAUUGAACGUUGCGCCAGUUUGUUUCGUGCAGAUGCUCCCAGUUAUUACAGAUAUUAACCAUAAACCAGGUCAACGCGUCUGCAGUCACACAGUUAAACGGCAAAUUCCACCGUAGAUUUCUGACCCGUCUCCAGCUCAGGUUACACUGUAGGUCUUUAAAAUGUUAUAACAGCGAACGCAGCCUGUUUUUUUUCCACUGUGUAUCCAACCUGUGUCCAAAAAAACACACGUUCGUGGCCUUUUCAAUGACUGUUAAACUGUCAAUCUCUUGCUUGGUUCAGAUAGAGCUGAUUUUAAGCAACAAAACGACUUAAAGUGCGGCUAAACGCGUAAACUCCGCCCACUACUGCCACCGCAUUUCAAAAAAAGAGCUGCUAAACCGGGCAGUACCUGGAGAGGACUGAAGGGAAAACUCCGCCCCUGCAGCUGGGUGUUUGUAAUCAGAUCAGUCCCUCUGUGAUGUCACAUAGUACUUGAAAUUGCAGAGGCCACUGAAGGCGACGCCCGCACUUAGAUUUAGGCGUUUUUCAACCAGAAAGCUGUAUUAAAAUUGCAAAAAAAAUGAUUAAAAAUAGUAGAUGAUGCUAUUAAAACACCACAUACAGUUGAGGAAAAAAAAAAAAAGAAAAGUUUAGCGUUUUAGUUUGGAUCGGCAAUUAUUUAAAGCGAAACUAAAAGACAAAAGUGAAGCCAUUUUAGAUUCAUGUAGCGCUUGGUUAAAAUCAGCUCUAGACUCACCUGUGUGUGUAAAAAUACUGCUCAAUGUUUUUCCGGAAAAAAAAAAAAAUCAACUGUUUACUGUCAAUUUACAAGUUUAUAUCUGCAACAAUAAAGUGCUUUAAAAAG